AUGUUGAUGGGUGAACACAUAGCCACUUGGCGAAAUCAUCAAUCGUAUGGUCCUGUCGUAAGACAUGGACCGAAUAAGCUGGUCUUCAACACCAUCGAGGCAUUGCAAGAUAUAUACCACAAUGAAAGGGCUUCCAAAGCUAGUCUGUACUUGAACAUCAUGCAAGCUCCCAAUAUACACAGCGUCUUUACUGUAAUUGAUAAGCGGCAACAUCGUGUAAAGCGUCGAUUAAUCGGCCAGGCUCUUAAUGAGCGAGGUAUGCGAUUGUUCGAACCCAUUAUUAUCGAGCAGAUCGACAUUUUCAUCCAGCAGCUGUCCCAGUCCACCACUGGCACUAAGCCCAUCAACAUGUCGCCCAUGUUGAGGUACUUGACACUAGACAUUAUCUGCCUCUUAUCAUUUGGUUUCUCUUUGCGGACCCAGGAGAAAGAGGAAUAUCGAUUCGUUUCGGAUGGUAUUGUGGCUGGGAAUUAUUUCCAAAACAUGAAGCUACAGUGUCCCCUCUUGACACAACUCCAGAUGACCGAAAUUUUACAAUUCGUUGGAAAGAUACGCGAAAAGAGGGAGCCAUAUAGAGCCGCGAUAAAGAAGCUGAUUGGGUCUCGCAUGGCUGAGAAUAAAGACGCCAAGUUGGACCUGUAUUCAAUGGUCGCAGAUCAAAUCAAUACAGGAGGACCAGAGAAUAUUCAAACAAGCGAGUUGUGGGCAGAGGCGAUAUUCAUAUUUGCGGCAGGCGGUGAUACAACUUCUUCUCUCAUCGCGGCCCUCUUCUUUUAUCUAUCUCGCAAUUCAGACUGCUAUAACAAGCUAGCUCAUGAGAUUCGAACCGCAUUCGAUUCUAGUAGUGAAAUUUGCAGCGGUCAAAAGUUAACCAACUGUCAAUACCUACGGGCUUGUAUUGACGAAGCCCUGCGUAUGUCACCGGCGGCCCCAGGCACUCCUUGGCGGGAGCAACUCGACACAGAUAAUGCGCCGUUCGUCGUAGACGGCCAUGUCAUACCUCGCGGGACCAUUUUUGGAGUGAACGUUUACUCUAUCCUCCACAAUGAAAAGUAUUUCCCCGAGCCUUUUGUCUACAAACCAGAACGAUGGCUUUCUAAGGGAUCGGAGGAAAAAUUGAAAAUAAUGCACGAUGCAUUUAUUCCGUUCUCAGCAGGAUCUCGUAUCUGCGCAGGCAAGGCAAUGGCUUAUUUAGAAGCGAGUGUGACAAUCUCAAAGAUAUUGUGGCAGUUCGAUUUCGAAAAGGCCCCGGGUAAGGUCGGUGAACUUGGAGCCGGAAGUAGAAACGCCACCUAUGGCAGACAUCGGGAUGGCGAAUUUCAGGUUUACGAUGUUAUUUCUUCAACUCACGAUGGGCCCAGCUUGAUAUUCCACUCUAGAGUUCCUUGA